GGACCCAGGGCUUUCUUACUCCAGGUCUAGUGCACAUUCACUAAGCCACAGCUGACCCUCACGCUACAGAUGAGAACCGAGGCCAGGAGAGAGGAAGCGAUGUGAGUUGGUGGUCCGUGGGUAAACUUCAUCCCUUCCUGGUCUCCGCCUGACCGGGAUCCCUGCACCACCCGCUUGACUCCACCCCCAGGCACAGAUCCCUCUUCUUCCUCCUCCAUCCACACCUUUUGGCCUCUCUCUCUGCCAUCUGCCCCGAAGAAAAUAUUUGAGAAGCUAUGCUGUCAUUAUGAUUACUUAGAAAUAAUAGGGGCUGUUAUACAUGUACACACCAUGUGCUUUUCCCCUAAUAAUCAUAGUUAACGUUUAUCAAGGGCUUGCUGUAGAUCUGUCACACUCUGUGCCGGACAUUUUUUAAAUGAUUUAUGUCAUUUAGUUCUCGCAAUGAACCUGUGAGGUAGGUCCUGACUAAUUAGCACCGUUUUACAGAGGUCAUGUGAUAAGUGGAAGAGCCAGAAUUUAAGCCAGGCCCUCCUGAGCCUCAAGCCCAUGUCCUGAACUGGCCCACACCCCAUAGGUGGGAAGAUUUUACAAGGGCAAAAGUGAUCCCCCUCUCAGGGAUGCUUGCAUGAUAGGAGCAGCUGCUUGGUGUCCCAAAGGAAGGGCAGGCUUUCCAGUUGAGGGUGAGGCCACUGAUGGGGGGAGAGUGCAGACCUAAGGGUAUAGGCCCUCUUGACAGCUGUUUGUUCUCUGUAGAGCAGUGAAGCCCCACACUGGUUAUAGAGCCACUCGGAGAGCACAUUGAAAAUACUCAUUGACAGGCCUGUCCGAAACCUACAGAAUCAGAAUCUCCAUGGGUAGAGCCAGGAAAUCUGUAUUUUAACGAGCUCAUGAGAAGACUCUGAUUUAAGUGGGCCUUAUCUGUAUUUGGCAGCUCUUCAUCCUAGGAGCUCUAAAUCCUUCCAUGGCUCCCUAGUCUUCCAGAAAAAAGUCCAGGCUCUUAAGCUUGGUGUUCAGGGCCCUUCCAGCAGCUUCAUCUUCCUCUACUGCAGUUUAUCACCCAAAUCACCACUCCCUGAUCUCACCAAACCCUGCCAGUCUCAUGACCUUUGCUUGGGGUGAGCCUUCCCUCGGGCAGGGCUUCUGCAAGAAAGGCCGGAGUCAGACGACCCAAGUUCAAAUCUCUGACUUUUUCACUUACUAGCCUGGGACCUCAGGCAGGUCAUUUUACCUCCCUGAGCCUCAAUUUUUCUCAUUUGUAAAAUGGGAAGAAAGGUACUUGCCUGGCAGGACAUUGCACAGAUUCCAUUAGGUAAUUAAUAACGUGAAGCACCGGGAACACGGGAGGCUCCGGUACAUGGCAGUGACCAAGGCUGUGACUCACCCCAUCUUUGCCUUCCACAAUCACCCCCUCUGGAUAAGAGCUGGAAGGAAGCUACAAUGGGUGUCUGGCAAGUGGGGACAAGGGCCGCCGGAGAAGCCGCCUGGCACUGAGCCGCCGGCCCCAUGCCAACGGAGUGAAGCCAGACGUCAUGCACCACAUCUCCACACCGCUCGUCUCCAAGGCACUGAGUAACCGUGGCCAGCACAGCAUCUCGUACACACUGUCCCGGAGCCACUCGGUCAUAGUUGAAUACACACAUGACAGUGACACAGACAUGUUCCAGAUCGGCCGUUCCACCGAGAACAUGAUCGACUUUGUGGUAACAGACACAUCGCCUGGAGGAGGGGCCGCCGAGGGCCCCUCUGCCCAGAGCACCAUCUCCCGCUAUGCCUGCCGCAUCCUCUGUGACCGCCGGCCGCCCUAUACUGCCCGCAUCUAUGCUGCUGGCUUUGAUGCCUCCAGCAACAUCUUCCUUGGAGAGCGGGCAGCCAAGUGGCGGACCCCCGACGGCCUGAUGGACGGCUUAACCACCAAUGGGGUCCUGGUGAUGCACCCAGCAGGCGGCUUCUCUGAGGACUCGGCCCCGGGUGUCUGGAGGGAGAUAUCAGUCUGUGGGAAUGUGUACACUCUGAGGGACAGCCGCUCGGCACAGCAGCGAGGGAAGCUGGUGGAAAACGAGUCUAAUGUGCUGCAGGACGGCUCCCUCAUUGACCUGUGUGGGGCCACGCUGCUAUGGCGCACGCCAGCAGGGCUGCUGAGGGCACCCACGCUGAAGCAGCUGGAGGCCCAGCGGCAGGAGGCGAACGCAGCACGGCCCCAGUGCCCCGUGGGCCUCAGCACCCUGGCCUUCCCCAGUCCGGCCCGUGGCCGCACAGCACCCGACAAGCAGCAGCCCUGGGUCUACGUCCGUUGUGGCCACGUCCACGGCUACCACGGCUGGGGCUGCAGGAGAGAGCGGGGCCCCCAGGAGCGCGAGUGUCCUCUCUGUCGCCUCGUGGGACCCUAUGUCCCCCUAUGGCUCGGCCAGGAGGCCGGCCUCUGUCUGGACCCUGGACCACCCAGCCAUGCCUUUGCACCCUGCGGCCAUGUCUGCUCUGAGAAGACUGCCCGCUACUGGGCCCAGACACCACUGCCCCAUGGCACCCAUGCUUUCCAUGCUGCCUGCCCCUUUUGUGGGGCCUGGCUCACCGGCGAGCAUGGCUGCGUCCGCCUCAUUUUCCAGGGGCCACUGGACUAGGCUCUCCCGGGGCCCUGGAUGCCGUGCCCACCUGCCCACCUAGGUCCCCCACCUUCUGCAGCCCAGAGGGAGCUCUGCAUGUGGGACUCUACCUGCUGGCACAUAGCCACACCGGAUGGACGUGUUGGAUGGGCUGUGCUCCUCCCUCUUAUCUCUGGUCCCCCAAGCCCCUACCCCAGUCAUAAUGAUGGGGCCCUCAGCACCAGCUCUGUCCCGGGCUUUCCUGGGGUGUCCUACAUCAUGCCGCCUACACUGUGUCCCUGGGGGAGUGAAGGGGCCGUGGGCCCCUGACCCCCAGCUUAGGCUGGCUGUGCCCCGAGCCUGCCGACCCAGCUCCAGAUAUACUCACCCUGCUGCUGCCCUGGGUUCCUCUAUAAACCUUGCUGCUCAGCUGCCCUCGCAAA